CAAAGAGCGAGAUCCAGGCCGUCUUUACGUGGGUUGUUGUGUGCUUCUUGUUGUCAUUCGACGUUUUGACACGAUGAUGGCCAUCAGAUCGCGCGACUCGUCGACCUUCCGUCUGUCCACGGGCGUCCGCGACUCUGUCUAUGCACAAGAACGACCGCAUGCAGGGAAGCCCGAGCUCGCGCACACAUCGUCGUACACCGACGCUUCGACGACAAGGACCACCGCCACCACCAAGUCUGGCAUCAUCUCUCAUUCCCAAUCCUUCCCCGUCCCCACGAAAAGUGCCGUGGAAGACGACGCGAAGCUCGUUGCCCUCGUCGAGCUCAUUCAGAAAUGUGUAGACACCAUCCAUGAGAUCAAGAUCGAAGUGGAUUCGGCAGCAGCUACGCUGCACCAGCGACACACUGCACCGUGUGCGUCAUGAACGACGAUGGACUAUGCAUGACGAAGGACAAAGGCUUCGUUGGCGACGACUAUGCUAUUCAAACUUAACAAGUGCUAUACGUAUACUGUAGUAUUUACUAUCCUCCGUCACCAGUGGUGAUCAAAAUAUUAUGUAGGGCCAGUCUGGAACCAUAAAUAUCAUCCAUUUUGGGGUCGAAUUCAAUAAAUC